UUCCUCGUUUCGCUCUCUUCCGUCACUUCCUCCUUGCGCGCUUCGGUCUGUCCACGCUUAUCUAGCAUGCAGCGGUCCUGUUUUCGUUCACUUUAAUCUGUCCAGCUCCGUGCAUUGGGGAUUUCUGUUUACUUCUUUUCUAGCAAACUGUCCCGUGUUCAUCUGUGCACACGUGUAUAAGCGCGCGCGUUUCCGCCAUGCCUAACAUCGUGCUGUUCAGCGGAAGCUCCCACCACGACCUGUCCCAGAAAGUGGCGGAUCGCCUCGGGCUCGAGCUGGGCAAAGUGAUCACCAAAAAAUUCAGCAAUCAGGAGACCUGUGUGGAAAUAGGCGAGAGCGUGCGAGGCGAGGAUGUGUACAUCAUACAGAGUGGCUGUGGAGAAAUAAACGACAACCUCAUGGAGCUGCUAAUCAUGAUCAAUGCAUGCAAGAUCGCUUCAUCAUCACGUGUGACCGCCGUCAUCCCGUGUUUCCCCUACGCCCGGCAGGACAAAAAGGACAAAAGCCGUGCACCGAUUUCUGCUAAACUGGUGGCUAACAUGCUGUCGGUAGCCGGAGCAGACCACAUAAUCACUAUGGACCUCCAUGCUUCACAGAUUCAGGGAUUUUUUGACAUUGCUGUGGACAACCUAUACGCAGAACCCGCAGUCCUCCAGUGGAUCCGAGAGAACAUUCCUGAGUGGAAAAACUGCAUUAUUGUGUCGCCUGACGCUGGCGGUGCUAAAAGGGUGACCUCCAUCGCCGACCGGCUGAACGUGGAGUUUGCGCUCAUUCACAAAGAGCGCAAAAAAGCUAACGAGGUGGACCGGAUGGUGCUGGUAGGGGACGUAAAGGAUCGGGUGGCCAUUCUGGUGGACGACAUGGCUGACACGUGUGGAACCAUCUGCCACGCUGCUGAUAAGCUGAUCUCCGCCGGUGCUAUAAAAGUCUACGCAAUUCUCACCCAUGGCAUCUUCUCGGGUCCUGCGAUUUCACGCAUCAACAACGCUCCCUUCGAGGCCGUCGUCGUCACCAACACCAUUCCACAGGAGGAGAAGAUGAAGCAAUGCCCCAAAAUUCAGGUCAUCGACAUCUCCAUGAUCUUAGCCGAGGCCAUCCGGAGAACCCACAACGGCGAAUCCGUCUCGUACCUGUUCAGUCACGUUCCGUUGUAAGAGAGAAGAGCAGUUACACCUCCUUCCUCCUCCAUCACCAAUUCCAGUAUCAUCCCCAUGUGGGAGUCCUGAGAGUCAGUCACAUUCGGUAGCCAACCGCAAGCAGCCAGCUCUUGCUUAUCCUGCGCACAUCACUGUCUUAUUAGCAUUCCAUUCACAAACUAUGGGACAAUUUACAGUGGUUCCGCUCUCAUUUUUUUGGAUCUUGUUUCUGCUUUUUAACCAAAUAUCUGAUGCCAAUUUUACUUCCAUUAUGUCCCUCAGUAUGUGGGAUUUUUAAAAAUUUUUUUUGGAAAGUACCUUUUUUUUUUUUUUUGACCUCAUUUAUUAUUUUUUUCCAAAUGUAUGCAUGUGUAUAUAGUUCCCCUACAAUCAGACGUGGCAAUUUCUGCAUUACAAGAUGAUAAUUUUUGUUAGGUAUUCAGUUCAGUCCUAAAUGUUCUACAUCUGCGUUCCCAAGAAGUUUUGUAACAUGAGUAAAGAUUAAACAGAAGAUGAGAUGUCCGUAUAUAGACUCUCUCUGCCAUUUUAGCAUUUUAUGAUGCGCUUUAUUCUUAGACCUGAAAUAACAUUUAAGCUGAUUAUAUGAUUUAAAACCUGAUGACAUUUAAAACAGCCACGUGAGAGAAAUGGAACGGUUCUUUGGCUUGAGUCCACCAUUGUGGUCUUUAAUGCAGCACAAUUUAUUGCAAACAAACGUUAAAGGUAUUUAAUGCACAGUCUCCGUUUGCACAGUGAAUCUUCUGAACUGCAACAAAUCGCUGAUCAGUUAUUAAAUGCACAAUUCAGAGCAGGUGCUCCUUUUAAAAGCUGCCUCCCUUCAUCACAAUGGCUAACAGACUGUUUGAGACCACACUGACUUGUGACUGUUGAGCUUUGUAUAGUUCUCGAGUGCUGGAUUGCAUGCGUUAGUACAGCAUUUGUGAUUUCCACGUAGCCUCCAUGUGCCAUGUAAGAACACAUUGUCAUGGGUGAUGCAUGGAGUUAACACUGUAUGAUUUCUGACAGAAUCCUGGCUGUCCUUGUUGUGUUGUACUGUUCACCCAUUUUAAAGAGCAUCUUUCCACAGUGGUACAACCGGGUGUUGUCCAGCACUGUCGAUAUCCAGCGUUACAAACAUGAUUAAACCUUUUAAAUCAGACAUUUGUCUUUUCGUCAUGGUUCAAAGCCACAUGCAAUGGUCACACACUAAUAGAGCUAGCUUAAAUAACACUAAAUCAAUUAAAUGUGCAGAUGAGUGACAGUGAAAGUUUGCCUAGAAACCUCAAAAAUGUUCCACGUUCAAUACCUUUUAACAGAUUUAUUUCAAGAAGCAACAGAAGAAGAUAGCUGCUUUAUACAGCUUUAUACUAGUACAAAAAAAAAAGCUUCUUUAGAGAACAGUAACAGUUUUCACCAGUAACUCUUGUUGUCUGUCAUUAGAUUUCGGUCCUGAAUAGAGAAACAGCAAAGUGGAAUUUAGUGGAAUCCAAAUUUUAAAACACUGGUUACAUUUCACAGCAUCUUUUCAUGCAUUUCACAAUACAUGAAGCUUAACGCAGGCUCCUGGUUUCCUAAGCAUGAGUAGAGCAUUAGCGAAUGCAUUCCAGGCAUUGUACUCGAGACACUGAUCAAGUGUUACUGUCUUAAAGUGACGAUGAAAAUAAAAGAAUGGUUUGACAAUG